AUGAAUGGUUUGUUCUUUGGAUUUUCGCUUGGCUUCAUUGAAAUGAAACACACAAAUAUAUCUAAGUAUCUUGCAUCAAAGGAUCUCAUACGUUUGGAUGUUUUAUCAGAAAACUCGAUCGAUCAACAUGAUCUUCAGGGAUAUCUCACCAUUCAAGCUGUUGGUUUUCGAAUGGCUGUAUUCCUCACCGCUCUGCUCGCCGAUGGUCUUUACGUGAUGGCUAAAGUUGGUGACAUUACAAUUCCUGUAUCUAUUCGCGAAAUUUCCCAGUACCUUAUUCCCAUUCUCGAAUGCUUUCAAUCUUUGUGCUCGCCCUCACCACAACCACAACCAUCAUUCAAACGAAAGAGUCUCGAUGAUGAAAGGUUUGUAAGACUUGUUCCGCCAUCUCGAUCCGCCAAGCGACGCUCUUAUACCAGCAAUUGA